GUCUGCUUACAGACAGGAGGUUAAGGAGCUGGCUGUCUGGUGCAGUCUUAACAACCUGGAGCUUAACACGCUCAAAACUGUGGAGAUGAUCGUGGACUUCAGGAGAAACCCUACUGCUCUCCCCCCACUCACCAUCAUGAACAGCACUGUGACUGCAGUGGAGUCAUUCAGAUUCCUGGGCACCACAAUUUCUCAAGACCUGGAGUGGGAUAAUCACAUUGAGUCCAAUGUGAAAAAGGCCCAGCAGAUGUUGUACUUCCUUCGGCAGCUGAGGAAGUUCAACCUGCCACAGGAGCUGCUGAAACAGUUCUUCUCCACCAUCAUUGAAUCCAUCCUCUGCACUUCAAUAACUGUCUGGUUCAGCUCAGCUACCAAAUCUGACCUCAGAAGACUACAGAGGGUAGACCGGACUGCUGAACGAAUCAUUGGUACAACCCUCCCCACUCUCCAAGAACUGUACUCAUCCAGAGUGAGCAAAAGGGCUAAGAAAAUCACAAUGGACCCCUCACAUCCAGCACACUCCCUCUUUGAACUGCUGCUGUCUGGUCGACGCUACAGAGCUCUGGGCCCGGUUGCAUGAAAGCCCUUAAGUAAGGGUAUCCCUGAAGGGGAAAAAAUUCCUGAGGCAAGGGAUUUCCUUAAGAGUGUUGCAACAAACGUCUUAACCGUCACCCUUACCUAAGUGUUUAAACUAAGCGUUUCACUGUAGUUUCUGGCAGCGCACGGCAAUGCGAGCUGUGGUUGCCAUAGUUACUCUUCCAUAUCACACUAUAAACAUAACGGACUGCAAACCUAACCUUACAACUACAGCUAUAAAAUAUUUUUGGCAUUAUGGAGAGUAAUAAAAUUACAGAAAAUAAAAAACGUAAACCCAACUGGACUGAGGACGAAAAGGCCAUUCUUUUGGAAGAAUACGGUAAAAGAAAAAACACCCUGCGAAGUCGAUAUAACCCAUCUGUAACUCAUUUACACAAGACGAAAGCCUGGCAGGAGAUAACGGACAAAAUCAAUUCAAGAAACCUUGCAGUCAAGCGCACAGUAGAAGAAGUCAUGAAAAAGUAUGAAAACGUAGUUGUGAACUCAAGAAAAGAAAUAAACAACUAUAAAAAAGAAUCUGGAAAAACCGGAGGAGGGCCACCACCACAGGACAUGUCCGAGACAGCGAAAUUGGUACAAGACAUACUAGGGAAGGAUUCUCCAACCCUUGUCGGUAUUGUUGGCGUUCCUCAAAGCAGCUCGGGAAGCAGCCUAACAACCCCAAACUGGGAAAAUGUUCCAGGAGCGACAAGCCCCACUCCUACCCAUCCAGCCACGAGACAUUCAUCUGAGGAGAAAGGAUUGGGAAGAGUUACAUCAGGGCUUGCUGAACUUCAGCGAGAAGUUCUUUUGCUGCAGAAGAGGAAAGCAGAGUUGGAGAUUUCCAAAUUAGAAAUGAAAAAGGAAAACCUGAAUAUGCAGAACAUAAUACUCCAACACAAAAUUAACAAACUUGCUCAUGAGGGAUUAAUAGCUUUACAGCCAAUAAGUGAACCAUAACACAAACCUUAAUCUUUUAGGAUAUUUAUUCAAAUGAUUCGUAAUAUACAGAAAUACAUACAUACUAGCCUACAUAAAUAUAAGUUUUCUUUAUAUAAUAAUCCUGUGUGAAUUGCUUAUUGUAAAUGUUUCAAUGUCUGUUUUUAAUCUAUAAAUAAAAAUGUAGUUUCAUAUUUUGAAGUCUGUUUACAUUACUUAGUUUUAUUGUUAAUUUAUUAAUUUAUACAGCAUCUAAUCUGGAACUUUAUAUACAGUUUAUUAUAGAACAUAUUCAGCCCACUUUAGGAAAAAAAUGUUUGCACGAGCAUGUCUCUGGUAGCGUGUCCCUCCAUUGUUGCAUCCUCCACAUCUUGAUUUGGCUGCACUGCUUCAUCAGGGUCAGCAUGUUCAUCCAUGAGCACACCAAAGUCUUUUGAUAUGUUAAACAGGACGACACAUGCAAUGAUGACUCUCCCUGCUUUUGUUGGUUCCAGACGUAGCUCUCCGUGAAGACAGUGAAAUCUCCUUUUAAGCUGGCCAAUCGUCCUUUCUAUGAUUACUCUAGUUUUUGUUAGAGCAGUGUUGUAUCGUUCCUGCAAUAUGAAAAACGAAAGAUGAUACACUAAAAAUGAUGGCCAAUAAGUUACACUACU